UUUUUUUUAAUCAGUUUUAUAGCUAAGGAAGUGGAAGAGGACGAAUGUCAACAAAAAAGACGAAGAAAAGCUGUGAUAACGAACUUGUCGCUCUACACUAUACGUCGGAACGGAUCAUUCCUUUACAAGGUUGCGGAACUAAUGAAUACAUGAGCUAGAGUCACCAGGCAAAAUGCCUCACCGAUAACGACGUACUGUGGGGGACUAAUUUAUUCAUCGACAUUAUUGUUACCAUGAAGUUUGAUUCGGAUUUAAUUAGCACGAAACAAUAACAUUGUAGGAUUUUUUGAUGAAAAAAGCCCAGCAUGGACGCCCUGUACAGCCUUUCCAUCUUCAGUCUUUUGAUUUUUACAGCCCACUGCAGACUUGGGCAGGCCUUCAGCUGGGAUUAUUGUGGCAAGUCCUCAAAAAUACUGCGGGCCAGGCAAGGUGAAAUACAUAGCUCCUCUCUCCAUGGUCCUCCGGGACCAAUCAACUGCACCUGGGUUAUUAUGUCGUCAGUGGGAGAACGGGUGGUUCUCAGUUUCUCUGAGUUGGAUAUUAGGUGUGGACAGGGUAACCGGGUUUGGUUAACCGUGGCAAGCCUUACAGACAAGCCUGUCCCAAUAUGUGGUACCCUGCCUAAGCCAGUGGAGUUGUAUGGAGGAAACAUUACAGUGACACACCAUUUUGUCCCACACUUUUCCAUUUCAGGAUUCCGCCUGUCAUACAUUAAAGACUCUGGCCCCUGUCACCCUGGUGAGUUUGAGUGCUACAGCGAUCGCUGUCUUCCUGCAUCCUGGCGUUGUAAUGGCCAGGUGGAGUGCCUUGGAGAGGGUGAUGAACUCGGUUCUGACGAGGAUGGCUGUGACUUCGAGCCUCAGCCUCACCCAGGUGACGAUCCAUCUGUCGUGCCGACCAGCAUGCCAGCCGCUUCCAGCAUGGGAACAGACCGCAGGCCACGCCGUGACCCUGAGCUACACGUCCAGUCUCAGGGGGGGCCAUGCGGGGGCUACCUACAGGCCUUUUAUGGCUCUUUUGUCCCACCGGUGCCAACCGGAGCCCCAAUGGAGUGUGUGUGGACGGUGGACCCUCAGGACCCGCGGCCGCUUAAGCUGGGUCUGCAGCAGUUGGAGCUGGGCUCUGGGGACAGUCUGAUCAUCACAGACCAGCCGGGUGGUGCUGGCAACAUCAUUAAAACUAUCACAUGUACAUCCAAUUACAAAACAGUGGAGGUGGAAUCCCAGACUGGCCUUCUCUCUCUGACAUAUAACAUGCAGGCUCGCUCUGAGGGGCAGGGCUUCAAUGCCACCUAUCGCAUUGCAGACUACUGCCUGCCAUGGGAGGGUCCCUGCAAGGGCUCAGAGGGUGGCUGCUUCACACAGAAGCAGCGGUGUGAUGGCCACUGGGACUGUGCGGAGACGGGGGUGGAUGAGGUAGGUUGCGGGGGCUGCCCGGCUGGCCAUUUCCCCUGCGGCCCCCUUGCGAUGCAGAGGGUGAGCCACCUCACCAGCCGGCCCGUCUGCUUCUCCAUCCACGAGAGGUGCAACUACCAGCUGAACUGUGCCGAUGGCAGCGAUGAGCGAGAGUGCACCAUUUGCCAGCCUGGGACCUUCCACUGCGACAGUGAUAGGUGUGUUUUUGAGAGCUGGCGCUGCGAUGGACAGGUGGACUGCAAGGAUGGCACUGAUGAGCUGAACUGCACCAUGACUCUGCCUAGAAAGGUCAUCACCGCAGCAACAGUGGGGAGCCUGGUGUGUGGACUAUUGCUGGUCAUUGCUAUGGGCUGCACCUGCAAGCUAUACUCACUUCGCACUCGUGAAUACAGCUUGUUUGCACCAAUCAGCCGUCAAGAGGCGGAGCUUAUCCAGCAACAGGCUCCACCCUCCUAUGGUCAGCUUAUUGCUCAGGGGAUUAUUCCUCCAGUAGAAGACUUUCCUACUGAGAAUCCCAAUGAGCCCACCUCUCUUUCUCUGAGAGGACUGCUUCAGCUCAUCAGACAGGACAACAUCGCCUCCCCUCGGCGAAGACGCAGGCCACGUUUUGUCCGCCGAGCAAUCCGUCGCUUGAGGAGGUGGGGCGUGAUUUCCCGGCCUGCGUCUCGGUCUACUCAGAGCACAAGUUCCAACUCACAACAGACAGAUGAUACUCCUACUGGUCAGGAGUCCAGUCAUUCAGAAGAUGGGGAUUCCUCAUCGGCCAGGGAGCCCGCUAACCAGCUUUUGCCUCAGAAAAUGGCUUUGUCCCAACAGGCAGAGCAGGAACAGCAGACAGAGGCUCCUCUUCCUCCUCCACCUCAAUCAACACCCCCUCCCUCCCUGCAGUCAGUUGCUGCUCCAGAGACGCCACGGAGCUCUCCUGUGGCCACUCCCCCAAGGAGCCCAUCCCUGGCUUCUCUCUUCCACUCUCUGGGGCUGAGUAUCUCUCUUUUCAGACCCUCGUCCUCGCCCACUGCUCUGUCUCUCUCAGCUUCCCCCUCUUUCUCCUCUUCUUCUUCAGAUGAUGAGGUGUUGUUGAUCCCUCUUUCUGAUGAUGGCACCUCUGAUGAUGAUGUUCCCAUGCUGACCUAAUUUUGACCCUCAUGGCUUUCUCACUUUCUCUCUGUGUGAUUUCUCACAUUUUUCCCCCCCACUCAUUUUUUCCUCCAUAUUUCUCUCAUUCUCUCAUGCUCUCAGUUUACUUUUUCACAACUAUAUUAUGAUCUCAGCACGCCAGUGGCAUUGUGUUUGUGCUGGCAAGGUGCCUUAUCUCAAAUAAAUCACUUCAUUUCUUCUGAUUUAAUAUUGUCAAAUAUUGAAAGAAUUUGCGUUAAAGAUUUUAAUGUGUUAGAUGUACACUUACUCAGAGAUUGAAUGUGAUGGAGGAAAACUUUGCACAGAGAAUCUUCCCUAACCUCUCUUAAUAAAACUCCUGUGUCUUACCCAUUGCUGAAUAUACUGCACUGCGCAAAUAUCCAGUUUAGCAUCUUAGGGUUUAUUUUCGGAGUUUCUUGUAUUAAUGUCAGUGUAUGUAUGUAUGCUGGAUGUAUUGCUCAUAAGUGCCUUUGAUCAAGCUUCCUAUAGAUCAUUAGACACUAUGGGUCUGUAUGUACUUGCACAUAAAUGCCAAACACACACACACACACGCACAAAGGUUUACACAACAACCUAGAUUUCAGCCAGGCUAUGUAUACGGUAGUGUAUGGCGAUUGUGGCAAUAAUUUUCAAAAAAUGUGUGUGUUAUUUUUGUUGUGUGUGUGUGUGUUCGUGCAGUCACUCAGACGAGACAAUCUCUUUUGGUGCCUGAGGAAAUGACAUGCACCACCAACCUGAAUGACAUCACAGUGGCUCUGAUGAUGACUUUAAAUUUCCUUUUAGUUUCUGCUUUUGGCUAAGUGGAAUAAAACAUUAGUGCCAUAAAUAGAAUCCUCUGAUCUCGUCUGCUCUAAUUAUCCUUUUUUAUUGUUUUUGCCCUGUUGAUAUUGUUUUUAUUAUUGAAUGUAUUUUUAAAUGCCUAGAUGUUUAAAAUGUUUGUGGUCAAUGGUGAUCGCGUUAGAAAGAUGUCAUUUGGAAUGGCAUUUCACUGUGUGUGUGUGUGUGUGUGUGUGUGUGUGUGUGUGUGUGUGUGUGUGUGUGUGUGUGUAUGUGUAUGUUUAUAUAUAUAUAUAUAUAUAUAUGCUAAACAAAAUGAGAAUCCACCAUGAAUAAAUGAUUUGCACUUUUA